AUGGGUGGUAAUAGAAGGCAGAGGCACCAUUUCAGCAGAAUCCAUGCAUUCUCGUGUGGGAAGGCUUCAUUCAAAGGGGAGCAUUCACUUAUAGGGGGUCCUGGGUUCUCAAGGAUAGUGUACUGCAACGAGCCCGAACGUGGUGAGGCGAGUUUUCUGAGUUAUGGUGACAAUUAUGUGAGUACUACUAAGUAUACAGUGGCUACUUUCCUACCCAAGUCCUUGUUUGAGCAAUUCAGGAGGGUUGCCAACUUUUACUUCCUUGUCUGUGCAAUUCUGUCUUUUUUCCCGGUUUCUCCUUACUCGGCUGUCAGCAAUGUCAUUCCUCUUGUUGUUGUGGUUGCUGCUACAAUGGGUAAAGAGGCUGUUGAGGAUUGGAGGAGGAGAAAACAGGAUAUAGAUAUGAAUAACAGAAAGGUUAAAAUGCACCAUGGAGACGGUGUCUUUGACUAUUCUAAAUGGAAGGAUUUGAAAGUUGGAGACAUAGUAAAGGUUGAAAAGAAUGAAUUUUUCCCUGCUGAUCUAAUCUUACUUUCAUCAAGCUACGAUGAUGCAAUUUGCUAUGUUGAGACCAUGAAUCUUGAUGGAGAAACAAAUCUAAAAAUUAAACAAGCACUGGAAGUAACAUCAAAGCUGCAAGAAGACUCGAGCUAUAAAAAUUUCAAGGCUAUCAUCAAAUGUGAAGAUCCUAAUGCAAAUUUGUACUCGUUUGUCGGCAGUUUGGAGCUUGAAGAUCAAUUGUAUCCUCUUGCACCUCAUCAGCUACUGCUUAGGGACUCAAAGCUUAGGAACACCGAGUUUAUCUAUGGUAUGGUAAUCUUUACAGGCCAUGAUACAAAGGUUAUGCAGAAUUCAACAGAACCUCCAUCCAAGAGAAGCACAAUUGAGAAACGAAUGGAUAAAAUCAUUUAUUUUCUGUUCUUUGUCUUAUUUUUAAUAUCUUUCAUUGGUUCAAUUUUCUUUGGGAUUGCAACCAGGGAAGACCUUGAAAAUGGAGUUAUGAAGCGAUGGUACCUCAGACCAGAUAAUACUACAAUUUACUUUGACCCAAAGAGAGCACCAGUUGCAGCAACGCUGCAAUUCUUGACUGCACUCAUGUUGUAUAGUUACUUGAUUCCAAUUUCUUUGUACGUUUCCAUUGAAAUUGUGAAAGUUCUUCAAAGCAUUUUCAUCAACCAGGAUUUGCAUAUGUAUUACGAGGAAACUGACCAGCCAGCUCAUGCUCGUACUUCAAAUUUGAAUGAAGAACUUGGCCAAGUUGAUACUAUACUUUCAGAUAAAACAGGAACUUUAACUUGCAACUCUAUGGAAUUCAUCAAGUGUUCUAUUGCUGGGAUUGCCUAUGGCCAAGGAGGAGUUACAGAAGUUGAGAGAGCUCUAGCCAGGAGAAAAGGAUUACCUAUAGGUGAAGAGUUUGCAGAAGAUGGCAAUGUUCCAAAGACUUCUGAAACAAAGUCUUCCAUUAAAGGUUUUAACUUUAUGGAUGAACGAAUCACAAAUGGAAAUUGGAUCAAUGAACCUCACGCCAAUGUAAUCCAUAGCUUCCUGAGGUUGUUGGCAGUUUGCCAUACUGCAAUACCUGAAGUUGAUGAAGAAAAUGGUAAAGUUUCAUAUGAAGCUGAAUCACCUGAUGAGGCAGCUUUUGUGGUUGCAGCCAGAGAACUUGGAUUUGAGUUUUAUGAAAGGACACAGACAACUAUCUCACUGCGUGAGUUCAAUCCCAAAUCACGCAAGACAACUGAAAGGUCCUACAAACUUCUGAAUAUACUAGAGUUUAGUAGUACAAGAAAGCGGAUGUCUGUAAUUGUAAGAGAUGAGGAGGGGAAAUUGCUACUAUUUAGCAAGGGAGCAGACAGUGUCAUGUUUGAACUACUUGCAAAGAAUGGAAGGGAGUUUGAAGAAAAGACUAAGCAGCACAUUGAUGAAUAUGCUGACGCAGGUUUGAGGACCUUGAUACUUGCAUAUCGGGAACUUGAUGAGGAAGAAUACAAUCUAUUCAAUAAAGAAUUUAUGGAGGCCAAGAACUUAGUAAGUGCAGAUAGGGAGCAAAUUGUGGAGAAAAUAUCAGAAAUGAUUGAGAAGGACUUGAUUCUUCUCGGUGCUACUGCUGUUGAAGACAAACUUCAAAAUGGGGUUCCCGAAUGCAUUGACAAGCUAGCUCAGGCAGGAAUUAAGCUAUGGGUUCUGACUGGUGAUAAAAUGGAGACAGCAAUCAAUAUUGGGUUUGCUUGUAGUUUGCUCAGACAAGGAAUGAAGCAAAUUAUAAUAAGUUCAGACACUCCAGAAAUCAAAUCAUUGGAGAAAGUGGAGGACAAGUCUGCUGCAGCGGCGGCAAUUAAGGAAAGUGUUAUUCUUCAACUAAGGAAAGGAAAAGAAUUACUUGCUGAAUAUGAUGAAAACUCUGAGGCAUUAGCUCUUAUAAUUGAUGGGAAGUCUCUUACUUAUGCACUAGAAGAAGAUGUUAAGGACUUAUUCCUUGCACUUGCUGUUGGCUGUGCAUCUGUCAUAUGCUGUCGUUCAUCUCCCAAGCAGAAAGCACUAGUUACUAGACUGGUAAAGAUUAAAACAGGUAGUACAACUCUGGCAAUUGGUGAUGGAGCAAAUGAUGUUGGAAUGCUUCAAGAAGCAGACAUUGGGAUUGGUAUAAACGGUGUCGAAGGAAUGCAGGCAGUUAUGUCAAGUGAUAUUGCAAUUGCCCAAUUUCGAUUUCUAGAGCGUUUACUUCUUGUGCAUGGACAUUGGUGUUACAGAAGAAUCUCAUCAAUGAUCUGCUACUUCUUUUACAAGAACAUUACCUUUGGCUUCACUCUCUUCUUCUAUGAGAUCUACGCCUCGUUCUCGGGGCAGGCUGCAUACAAUGAUUGGUACCUCUCACUAUAUAACGUAUUCUUCACUUCCCUCCCUGUAAUUGCCUUGGGAGUAUUUGACCAGGAUGUCUCUGCUAGACUAUGUCUCAAGUUCCCAUUAUUAUAUCAAGAAGGUGUGCAAAAUGUUCUCUUCAGCUGGAAACGGAUCCUCGGUUGGGCGUUCAACGGAGUCUUGAGUGCUACCAUAAUAUUCUUCUUCUGCAUCAACGCAAUGGAGAAUCAAGCAUUUCGCAAAGCAGGGGAAGUUGCUGACCUGGAAGUUCUUGGUGCCACCAUGUACACUUGUGUGGUGUGGGUGGUGAAUUCCCAAAUGGCAUUAUCCAUCAGUUACUUCACUUACAUUCAACAUUUGCUCAUAUGGGGUGGCAUUAUUUUCUGGUACAUAUUCCUCAUAGUGUAUGGAACAAUGGACCCCACCCUAUCAACCACUGCCUAUAAGGUCUUGAUUGAAGCUUGUGCACCGGCACCAUUAUACUGGCUCCUCACUUUGCUUGUGCUUGUUGCUUCACUCCUUCCAUACUUCGCCUAUGCUUCAAUACAAAUGAGGUUCUUCCCCAUGUUCCAUCAGAUGAUACAGUGGAUUCGAAAUGAUGGGCAAACGACUGACCCAGAAUACGUUCAUGUGGUGAGACAGAGAUCACUAAGACACACAACGGUUGGGUUCACGGCUCGUUUUGAAUCAUCGCAAAGUUCGAGAGCAUCAAAGAGUAUUCAAGUUUGA